AUGAGCACGCAAACCGAGGCUGAGAUGAGCAUUGCAGGGAUAAUCAGAAAGCAUGCAAAAGAUAUCUCUGCCCCACCUGAGGUGUUUGAUAAGAUAUCGAUUCAGAUAAUAAUAUGCGAUGGCGGAGAGAAGAUUAUGGUUGUUAAGGUUCCUCGAAGCAUUCUGCAUGGGGUGCAGAUGAAUUACAGCAAUAUCAUCAAGGCAGCCAAGCAGCAAUUCCACGACUACUACAUAAUGUUUGUUAGAAACUUCGAGGCCGAGGGGGGUGGAAAGACUAUGACUAAGCGCAAGGCGAAGGAGGUUGAGGAGGUCUGGCUUGCCAAUGCUUGCUUCCCGUUUCUGCUUACGGGAACAAGAACAGACGUGCGCGGGGUUGAUGACAUGGUUGUUAAUGUUCUUCUCGAAAGAAGGACAUCCUUGAGUAGAGCAGAGAUGGACGCCAUAGGGGCGGCGCUUCAUGGGCUGCUUGGGAAGAACUACAUUGUUGAUGUCAACCAUCACACCAAGAAUUAA